AUGACUUCAAGAAUAAAAGUCCUUGUUAGCUAUGGAGGCAGGAUCGUUGAGGGUGAGCACGGUGCAGAUUAUGAAGGAGGGUCGCAUCGGGUAGUGUUUUUGCAAGAGAAUUUUGAGUAUAGUGACCUUGUUGAGUCCAUAAGCCAGAAAUUGGAACUCCGAUCAGAUGAUAUUAUAUCUGAUAUAAUAUACAGAUUGCCUUGUAUGUCAAAUGGAGACAUCCAUUAUUAUUGUAUGGAGGUCAAAGAUGGUGAUGAUAUACGUGCCCUUGUUGAUAGUAUUGCUGUUGUUGAAAGUACAAGUUAUCCUCAGCUAUAUGUGAAAACUAGAAAAUAUCGAGUUAAGGGUAGGAGAAGUGUAUGUACUCAGGAGGCAGAGCUGGGUGGUAGACGAAGUUUUUGUGAUCGUAGUUUGGGUCUUCUGCAUGAACCUGUUAUGCAAAGUGGUAGGCAUAGUGUAUAUGCUCCUACUUCAGAGCUAAUUGGUGAUCCUUUUAUACUGCCUAGUCGUCACAGUGUAUGUGCUCCAAGUUCUCAACCGUUUGGUGAUUCAACUCUACAAUGUGAUCGACAAAGUGUGUAUGUUCUGAAUCAGGCAUUGUCUGAAGCUCCAUUUGAACCAAGUCUCGGCGCAAGUAUUUAUGAUGAGGCUGGUCCAUCACAUGAAGUUAUGGAGUCUUUUCGUGUAUUGAGUCAUUCAGAUGUCCCACUACCUGAAAGCAUUGACAUACCGAUAGCAACAAAUGAUUGUCAGUCCAACCCUUCAGAAGAGGAAGAUAGUGAUGGGCUACUCGGUCAAGACGAUUGUGAGGAAGAGGCAAUGAUCGAAGUGCCUGAAGCAUUUCAGUUUACUGUGGGAGCCAACUACCCUGUUUCAGCAGAUUGGAUCGAAUCAGUGGGUAACACAGUUGGAAUGGUAGGUGGUACAGAAUUUGAUACAACAUUGGAGUUUCAAGAGAAGGAAGAUGUAAUUAAUGCAGUUAAACAGUAUUCUUUGAAUUGCAGUCGAGAAUAUGAAGUUGCUGAGUCAAGUUCGCGUGUUUGGUCAGUCGUAUGUAGGAACACUAAAUAUGGGUGUAGUUGGCAGUUACGCGCGGCAAGGCUAAAGAAACUUGGUGGAGGAUGGGGCAUAACACGAUAUAAAGGUCCACACACAUGUGUUGCGAGGGCUAUAUCGCUUGAUCAUAGACAAUUGGACUCAAACUUUAUAUGCAACUGCAUAUUGGAAGGGGUGAAGAAAGAUUCAUCCCAGUCAGUUGGAAGUAUUAUUGUUGAAAUUCACAAUUGGUUGCAUUUCAAACCCUCCUAUAGGAAAGCAUGGGAGGCUAAACAGAAGGCUAUUGCUAGAAUUUGGGGUGAUUGGGAUGAAUCAUACCAACGUCUACCAAAUUUCUUUGCAUCUCUGCAACAGACAAAUCCUGGAAGUGUUGUAUGGUGGGCAUUCGAUGAUCACACUCAUGUCAGGCAUCGUGCAAUUGAAUUCAACAAAAAAAUUUUGCGUCGACUAUUUUGGUCAUUCAAACCAGCUAUCGACAGUAUCGAGCUCACAAAGCCAGUGAUCCAAAUUGAUGGAACUUUCCUUUAUGGUAAGUAUAAACAUUCACUCCUAACUGCAACAACCAUUGAUGGAGAUAACUCUGUGAUUCCACUGGCUUACGCGCUGGUAGAAUCGGAGAAUGUGGACAGUUGGGGAUGGUUCAUGGCGCUCCUUCGAACACAUGUAGUAAGGUGUGAUGGUAUAUGUGUCAUUUCCGAUAGACAUAUUGGAAUUAUGCAGACAAUGAAUAAUCAAUAUCUCGGUUGGGAUGAAACUCAUGCAAAACAUCGCUAUUGCCUCCGUCAUGUGGCCAGCAAUUUUAACACACACUUCAAAAAUGUUGGACUCAAGAAUUUACUCAUAAAGGCUGGUACGGUUACAAAACUUCGCAAUGCUAUUAAUACUUAUACAUACAUGUUUUAUAUACAACAUCUAACCGAUGUCACAUUAUAG